AUGACAUUCACGAAUGAGGAUGAAGUGCACGUUAUGCCGGAACUUCUUCCUAUCUUUUGGUGCUUUGUUGUCAUUAGUAGUAUCCUUUUCUACUAUUCUCUCGGAUAUGCCAAGCAAUAUUCCACAACUGCUGCUUUCCUCUUAACGCCAUUUCUUGGUUUUUGUUUAAUCCUUGAUAAUACCAUUAUGGCUACAAAUGGAAUCGACCGACGUCGCAUUACUACACAAAUAAUGUUGGCAUUUCAUGCGUGCAUCGUGCCUCUUUUAUUGCUCGUAUGCUAUGAAUUAGCGUAUCUAGUUCAUAAACACAAAUGUGUGAAUUUCUGUGGCAUUUUAUUUCAAUCUGAACGUGACAAGAGCUUGGAAAAGACUGGAAAUCAAUGGACGAGCUAUUGGUUUCGAUUAUCAACGUGUUUACGACUGAUGGUGUGGAUUCUAAGCUGUAUUCUCUUGGUACUUAAUUUACUGGUCGCGUACCAUUGGACAUCGGAUCUAUCGCUUGAAAUAACGAGUUUCUAUGAGCUUCAGGGGGAUCAUCGAGCUCAUAUGGUCAGUGCUAUUCUACCGGCACUAAGUCUCGUGCUACUUGCACUUUAUAUUGGUCUACAGCUUUGGAAUUACGGGACUCAUCACUCGUACAUGGUCCAUGCGACAUGUUUUAAUCCCUGGAUUUGGAUGUUUAUAGGUGCCAUGGCAUUGCUUAUCGGCUAUCUCAUGCCAUCUCCAAUCUAUGCAGUAUCUUCAAAUGCUGGUGAAGUCAUCAUGAUGGCUACAGUUGUUCGUAUGUUUCGUGAGGUACACCAUGAUAUGCAACAAGGUCUUCAUCUUGGCGAUUUUAUUGAUCCAGAAGGUGCUGCUGCUCGUAGACAAGGGUUAAAGAGGUUUGGUGGACAUUGUAUAAACUGGAGCAUUAGCAAGAAUGCACGAGCAAGCAAAAUGACAGUUGAACGAUGUAACGGGUACGUGGCGGCAACGACACCGAAUCACUCGGAACUUCCAGUCACGUUUGCCAAUCAAUUGCGUCGCGGCGAGUACGAGGGAGACGUGCAACCGAGCGCUAGUGAUGUUUGUGUGUCAGUCGUCGUGGCUCGAGAGCGUACAAACUCACUUUGCAAAGUAUGUGAAGAGGAAGAGCAGGAUGUGUAUUGA